CUGCAGCUGCCCCUCACUUAGGACCCCGCGGACACCUCGCCCCGCAUUCACGCCCUCCCCCCCAAACCCUCCACCCUUAAAAAAGAUCUGGCCAGACCCCGCCCCCCCAUCCCAGGGCUGGAGGACCUGCCUGUUGGCACCGAGCUGAGAAGGCGCCCCUGGAAGAGAAACUGACAUCCUAUCAACACCCUCCCUGCCCCUCCUCUAGCUCCUCCCCACGGCUCUCUCCUCCUCCGUCGCCCCAGAAGUUAAGGGGGCCCCUGGACCCGCCUCCCGGCUCCAGCCGCCAGGACCCUCGACCUCCGCGCGGAGCCGCCUGCUCGCGCCCCGGGAAGAUGGCGAGGAGGAGCCGUCACCGCCUCCUCCUGCUGCUGCUACGCUAUCUGGUGGUCGCCCUGGGCUAUCAUAAGGCAUAUGGAUUCUCUGCUCCAAAAGACCAUCAAGUAGUCACAGCAAUAGAGUACCAAGAGGUUAUUUUAGCCUGUAAAACCCCAAAGAAGACCAUUUCAUCCAGGUUGGAAUGGAAGAAACUGGGGCGCAGUGUCUCCUUUGUCUACUAUCAACAGGCUCUCCAAGGUGACUUUAAAGAUCGGGCUGAGAUGAUAGAUUUCAAUAUACGGAUCAAGAAUGUUACAAGAAAUGAUGCUGGGAAAUACCGUUGUGAAGUUAGUGCCCCUUCUGAGCAAGGUCAAAACCUGGAAGAGGAUACGGUUACUCUACAAGUAUUAGUUGCUCCUGCAGUUCCAUCAUGUGAAGUGCCCACUUCCGCUCUCAGGGGGACUGUGGCAGAGCUACGAUGUCAAGAUAAAGAAGGGAACCCAGCUCCUGAAUACACAUGGUUCAAGGAUGGUAUCCGUUUGCUAGAGAAUCCAAAAUCUGGCUCCCCAGGCACCAACAGCUCCUACACAAUGAAUAUCAAAUCUGGAACUCUGCAAUUUAACACUGUUUCCAAACUGGACAGUGGAGAAUAUUCCUGUGAAGCCCGCAAUUCUGUUGGAUACCGCAGGUGUCCUGGGAAACGAAUGCAAGUAGAUGAUCUCAAUGUAAGUGGCAUCAUAGCCGCUGUAGUAGUUGUGGCCUUAGUGAUUGCUGUCUGUGGCCUCGGUGUGUGCUAUGCUCAGAGAAAAGGCUACUUUUCAAAAGAAACCUCCUUCCAGAAGAGUGGAGCUGCAUCUAAAGCUACUACAAUGAGUGAAAAUGAUUUCAAGCAUACAAAAUCCUUUAUCAUUUAAAACAACUCCACUUUUGAGAUACACCAAAACCACAGUUCUUUUACAAGUUAUUAAAGUAUUAUAAAACUCUGCUUUGUCUUACAUUUGCAAAGAGGAGGUGCAUUAGGAAAUGAAAUUGGUACUUCAUUUUAAUUUAUAUGACCUCUAACUCAACUGAAAUUGUUAAUUUAAGCAAAAAGUUCUGUCAUCACCUAAAAUACAAUCUGACUUCCUGUGUUUGAACUAAAGAGAAUCAAAACACUUUGUUAU